UAAACAAAUACAUUACCUCUAACUGGAUUACAAUACAAAUAUUACAAAUGCCGCGGCGAAAAAGAAAUAAUAAAAAGUGAUCAACAUAAGAUGAUCUUCGUUCAUCAACACAUAAAAGUUAAAAACACACGGCACCACCCUCCAAGCUCUGAUUUGAGUCUUCCAACUCACUGAUUCGGAUUUCCUAAGAAUCAGGUAACAGAUCAUCCAAUAACAGAAAAAAGAUCCUAAAAACUAACCACGGCGAGAUCUGCGGAAGAGUACAAGAUAUCAGAUGCUGAACACAACGGCCUCUCUAUCUAUUUAAACAGCACCGAAGCAACAGAGUAGAAACAUAAGCACAACCUCUUCUGACUUGAGCGUCAGAGAUUCUUUUGCAAGGUGUUCCACCCGCGGUGUUUUAAAAGAAAGCCGACCUGUACCUCGCCCCGGCGAAUAGCAGCACAACCAAUCUGAAAUUACUAAAAGCUCGGAUCGCAAGGAGGUCGGCCUGGGUAACUCGGACGGAACAGUUUCAUUUGGGGUUGGUUGGUGCUUCUGAUUGAUUUGUUUGUGGGAAGAUGCAUCCUCCCUUAACGUUACACAAGCACCCAAUGUGCGCUGAAAUUAUUGAGCUGUUCCAGAAGUGUCAUGUGGAACACCCUGUUGGAAAAUUCUUUGGUGAAUGUACAGAUUUGAAAAUAAAGUUGGAUCGCUGUUUUAGACAAGAAAAAGCUCUGAAGCGAAAGGCUAACUUUGAAGAGAGCAAAAAGUUUAAGGAGCAACUUCGAGCUUUUAGGAAAGAAAAUGCUGUAAGUGGCAGUCAAUAGAACACAUAAUUUGGCACCAAGUUGGUAUGAUACACAUUUUGCCGCUUUCAAAAAAGAAUAUAUGGUCAUAUGGUGUAUCAAAUAUUGUUUACUUGCUGUAUUGAUGAAUCAAUUUGUAUGUAGUUCAAUUAUUUUACCUUUGACCAUGAGCAUAAGUGCAUAACAUCUUUUUUAGAUUCUACCUCAGAGUUCAAAGUUCUAUUAGGAUCAUGAAUUGAGAAUUUAUAAUGCCAAUUCUUGGCAUGAUAUAUCUGUUGCUUAUGACGAUUGAGGUUGAUGUAUUAGUUGCCUUAAGAGAAUAUCUAAUAAGAAGAGACAUUUAUCAGUUUUGAAA